UCCGCAUGCCAGGGGAUAAAUCCCAAUAGCCGCCCAAAUCUCGGCGGGUUUUCAUCACACUCCAACCCGUACAACACCAUGAGUUCUCAGCCUGGACUUCGUCGGCGAGACUGGACAACAGGCCAUGGACUGCGAAAGGUUCUUGAUGCCACAACGAACACGUCCGAGCCAAAGCCAAUUGCCCAUCCCCCAACCGAUGUGAGUAAUCUCACUUCAUACAGACGAGCCCGCCAAACUGCUAGGCCUAGCCCGCAGCCAUAAAAGAAACCUGCGACUGCUUCACAUUCGCCUCAUUUACGGAAGAAGAUGUCUGGGAACU